AUGGAUCCUAUGCAAAAAUUAUACGAAGUCUUACCAGGGGGAGACAUCGUCCACCCACCCCCGUUUCCAAAGCGGCCAGAUAUCUUCAAUCGGGCGCCACUAGCCCCAGCGUUGACUGAAGACAACGCAUUUCUUGCCCGUCGAUUUUGGCAACAGCCUGACGAAUCCCUCGGACGUGCAUGGAGGGCCCAUGUCAGUCGACCUUAUAAACGAGCAGCCGAUGAAGAAGAAUCGGUAAUGCAUGCGUUGGCUCACAAUGUCUAUGAGCACCUGAUGAGCAAUCCACUCCUGCCUAUCUCGCGUGAGCAUGCACGAGCCAAAUUUACAGAAGAGGGCCUGGACGAGACCUAUAACGGAGUGCAGGGGCUAGACGGAAUGGAACAAAAAGUGUUCAUACACGGCCUGAAUGUCAGAGACCCGGAUCUUUGGACGAAAGAUGCACUCACCGAUGAAUUGACAUCAAGGGGUCUAAGCACAGACGGGAGAAAAAUAGAGCUACAGCGUCGUCUAUGGGUAUAUGAAUGUGAUGAGCGCUUUGGGGUCUCGGGACAAAGCAACCUGAGCCACUGGGGUAUCCAUCGUGAGCCACGGCCUGUAAUGAGUCCCGCUACAAGAACAGAUAUGUCCGCACUUGAAAUGUACACCGCGGCAAUUAAACUCAGUCCAUACAAUCCGACUUACUGGAACAGCCGUGCGUACUGCCAUUACCUGCUGGGCCAUUUUGAUCUCGCCAUUGGAGACGCCUAUCGCGGAGAACUUCUCUGCGAAGUGUUGACUACGGCAACAAAAAGGAACAAACGCCCUGGGAUGUAUACCCGGGUUUGGGACGCCAUUCAGCAGCACCUGAUGAUGGAGUUGAAGAUCAAGGGAGUCCCAAUGACAAGGGAGGUUUUGCAAAUGAGGAAGGCAAAUGGCGUGAACUAUUUCAUUCCAACCUUGAGGAACGCCCUUCACAGCAUUACCAGUCUCAGCCUCGCAGCACUGAAUUGUUGGGAUGAUUUUGAUGACCAUGUGCAGGGUCAACUCCAAAGACCCCUGCCAUACCGCGAUGUGUCAGUCCCCAAAAAACGGAUGACAGCGAGCGCUCGUGUGAAAGAGGAGAUUCUACGGAGGAGAGAUAAUCCCUCGGCGCUUCAUCCGUCCCUUUAUGGACACGAAUGGAGCCGAGGAUGGAUUUCAGGCGCCGAUAAAUAUCCAUAUGACCAAGCAGACGUGAGACGCGAAUCACCGUAUUUCAUCAAUGCACUCAAUGCGAAUAUUUUCAUGGCCAAUGCCAGUGAACGGACAUGCCAGGUACAACCACUCACAAAGGACAAUUCCUUCAAUGGCUUGGGGGUCUUUGCCACUGCAAAUAUCAAAGCAGGAACCUUGAUCCACUACGAGGAACCAGUUAUUCGCGGAAAUCUCAUCCCCAACAGGCUGCUUGAUGAUGAAAGUGAAGACCCCCUUCAUGCCCCACGAUGCGACAACUGUCAAACGGUGGUUGACCCAGAAGAGAUCGAGCACAUCUCAAAUCACUUGGACGCCCUUCAUGAUCCAGCGCGCGGUCCGGGAUAUGGACACCCGGCUGAUUGCGCAUGCGUUGACAUGAUGUGUAAAUGUACGGACGUUGGAUGUUUCCGAGCUGCGAGGGGUGGUCUGCUGUUCUGUUCUUCCAAAAAUGCAAGACCAGAGGGCAUGGCUCCCCACUGCUUAGCCAUUGCGCAGGAAACAUAUCAUUUUGAAGAAUUCUGUGGUCUCGAUUGGGGGUGGUUGCACAAUUCCAUGAGACCUAAUAAAGUGCCAUGGGGCGGAUCGCAGUAUUUCACCCACACCAAUGAACGACACGGGACUAUUUUGAGUCUACUCUUGAAGAGUGUGUUCGAACUCACACUCCACCGCCGCCAAGAGGAUCCUAAUCUUCUAGCGCAUGAAAUUAACGAACUCCUUGUCCUUGAGUCAGGUAGCGACACGAACGAGCCGUGGAAAGAUAGCUGGUUUCCUUUCACCCUGGCUCGUAAUAUCCAGAUACCUUUCGAUAUCCUCUUUUACCUUGGAGUGGACAUCUUCUGUGACCUCUCAUUCGAUACUUGGGUUAUUCAGACUGUAUUGCGGAAGUUGCUGGUCAAUGCCGUUCCGUGGGAACAUGCACGACGAGGUACGAACCCAACGUUCAAUGACCGGGAUGGUCCCAAGCCGGUGCUGCACCCAACCCUACAAUCCCGAAUGAGAGAUAGGAAAGAAGACCUCUCGGCAAUGGAGCCAUCGUUUGGGAACUUCUUCCUCUUCCCCGGAUUAAGCAUGUUCAAUCAUUCCUGUCGCCCUUUCGAGAACGCACUGUGGGGAUACGAUGACAAGGUCCCGAACCGCGUAGUCGUCUGGGCAAACAAAGAUAUCAAAGCUGGGGAAGAGAUUAGAAUUCCAUAUCAACGCUACAGGAUCGCUGACCCCGUUGGCGAAGACGCCGAGCUCAAUAUGCACGCAGUGCAACUGUUCGGAAAGAAUUGCGAGUGCCCCAGGUGUCAAGGCAGAGUGAUUGCUCCUCCUGUUGAUAAAGGGAAGGUCAAAUCGGUUCCCGGUAAUGAUACUCAGGACGAUGGGACUGUGGAUUGGACACCGGGUCCAGUGACGAUUCCCCCUAAGCAGGAAUAUUGGCGUGGUGUUCUCGGAGAGAACAAUCCUGAGAUUGAUGACUAUUUGAGAGAGUAUCAGGAGAUUGUGGAUGAUAUAUAUGACAAAUACUACGAUCUCGAUCCUGAAUCCCCGGGCGAGGAGGAGAAAAAGGAGGGAAAUGAAGCUAAUGAGGAGGUGGAUAUGGUUGAUGUUAAAGCUGGGGAUGGACCCGAAAUCAGUGGAAGUAAGGAAUGA